AUGAUAAAAACGACAUCAAAUUACAACUUCAAAUUUUCUUCUGUUUUUUCCAGCCCAAAUCAAUUUCAAGUUUACAAUGUUCAUAAUUUUCACGAGAUUCUCAACCAUCCUGCUUUUGUAAGGAAUAGAAACACUGUCAUGUAUCAUUAUGGUUUGUCACAAUCACCGUCAACGCCAACAAGUCUUGAGACAAUUGACGCAUAUUUAAAUUUUGAUAACGUGAAUUUUAUUAUGGUUAAUUACGAGAGCAUCGCUACAAAUAUCGUGAAUAAAUUUUUCUACAUGAUUCAUGAAUUUUAG